AGUGGGAGCUUUGGAAAGGAAGAUGGCCAACAUGGUAGGAACAGUCACACCAUUUGAUAGUCAGUCGCAGUCUUGGGAAGAGUAUAUUGAAAUUUUGCAACAUUUCUUCGAGGCAAAUGAGAUUACAGAAGCAGCCAAGCAAAAAGCUAUACUGUUGAGUACUGUAGGAAAUCAAACAUACAGUCUACUGAGGAAUUUAUUGAGUCCAGUUAAACCAGGAACAAAAACUUUUGGAGAAUUAGUGGAUUUACUGAAAGAACAUUUCAAUCCAAAACCCAGUGAGAUUGUACAACGAUUUAAAUUCAAUUCUAGAUCAAGAGAUGAGGGGGAAAGUGUUCUUGAGUAUGUGGCAGUAUUAAGGAAAUUGGCUCAUGAUUGUAAUUAUGGAGAAAAAUUAACAGAGAUGCUGCGGGAUAGACUGGUAUGUGGAAUAAAUGAUGACCGUAUUCAACGUAGACUGCUGGCAGAAUCCGAGUUAACGUUUGAGAAAGCGUUGAAAAUAGCUCAAGCAUUGGAAACAGCCAAUAAAGAUGUAAAGGAUUUGCAAGCUCAACGUUCAGAAACAUCGAUUGCAAUGAGAGUGCACAAGACAUCAGUAAAACAAGAAAGUCAAGGUAGAGCAUGUUACAGAUGUGGGAAUUUGCAACAUUUGGCCAAUGAGUGUAGAUUUAUUUCAGAGAAAUGUCACAAAUGUGGAAAACAAGGACAUAUAAUGAAAGUAUGUAGAUCAAAAAGUUCCAUCAGAGAAACAACCUUUCAAGGGGGAGAAAGACGCAUGCAAGUUCCAGCCAGAAGAGAACGGAGAUCACAUUAUGUCAGUAGUAGAGAUGGAAAAAGUGAAUCUGAGGAAGAAGGUAUUUUUACAGUGUACAGUUUGAAAGAGACAGAGAUUCCUAAGGUUGCUCCUCUGACUAUCACAUUGGCUGUAAAUGAUUCAAACAUACCUUUUGAAGUGGAUACAGGCUGUGGUGUGACGGUAAUGAAUGGAUCAAAUUUUUCCAAAUUAUGGGAAGAACAUAAAAAUCCAGAAUUAAAGACCUGUUCUUUGAAGUUAACAACUUACACUGGCCAAGCCUUACCAGUGUUGGAGGGUGGAUCAAGGAACUAG